ACGUGGGUUUGAGAUGUAAAAAUAACCAAUCCGUCUGGAGAGGACCAAAUAAAGGAAUUACUACAUUUGAUAAUAUCUUUCUAUCUAUGUUGACGGUAUUUCAGUGUAUUACAAUGGAAGGAUGGACUGAUAUUAUGUAUCAUAGUUACGAUGCAAGAGAUUAUCACACACGUGUGAUCACAUCAAUAAUUUAUAUAUCAUUAAUUAUCAUUGGUUCUUUCUUCAUGCUUAACUUAGUUCUUGGUGUUUUGAGUGGUGAGUUCGCAAAAGAAAGAGAAAGAGCUGAAAAUCGACGAACAUUUUUCAAGUAUCGUAGUCGAGAAAAAAUAGAAAGACAAGUCACUGCGUACACAGAUUGGAUAGGAAGGGCAGAGGAUAUUAUUUUGCGAGAAGAAAGAGAGAGACACGGAGUAGGAGGAGGUGGUCCACGCGAUCCGCUGAAGAAGCGUUACAGUUUGUCGGACUCCAUCAUGCAUUUGAUAGAAGAUCAUGGAGAAAUGGUCAAGUAUCUCAGAAAUAAAUCAGAAAACUGGUCUGAAAGCUCCAGCACAAUGCGGAAACUCAAGAAGAAGGAAAAGCUAUUCCGCAUUCACGUCCGUCAAAUGGUCAAAAGUCAAGUUUUCUAUUGGUCAGUUAUUGUCUGUGUUUUCCUCAACACUGUGCUCAUGUCUGUUGAACACCACGGGCAACCUGAUUGGUUGGAGAGAUUUCAAGCGAUUUCAGAGUACGUUUUCCUCAGCAUAUUUAUAGUCGAGAUGUUGUUGAAAAUGUACGGCCUGGGGCCCAGAGUUUACUUCAAGUCAGCGUUCAAUAGAUUUGAUUGUGCGGUUGUUCUUGGAGGAAUAGUGGAGAUAGUCGUGCAAAAUUUUACAAAUUAUAGCUUUGGUAUCAGUGUUCUGCGAAGUCUUCGUCUUCUUAGAAUUUUCAAAUUUACAAGGUUUUGGGCAUCCCUGCGUAACUUUGUGACUUCUCUACUUAACAGCAUGCGAUCAAUCCUCAGUCUCAUCUUCCUUCUUCUCCUGUUCAUCUUCAUAUUCGCUCUUCUUGGAAUGCAGCUCUUUGGAGGAAAGUUCAGUGAACGUCUUGAAGCUCCGCGUACCAACUUUGACAAUUUCUUGAAAGCUAUGUUAGCGGUUUUCCAGAUUAUGACGGGAGAGGAUUGGAAUACCGUAAUGAAUGAUGGGAUAGUUGCAUCAGGAGGCCCACAUAAUAUCUGGGGAAUAUUGUCAUCUUUGUAUUUUGUUUCUCUCGUUAUACUUGGGAAUUACACGCUGCUUAACGUGUUUUUGGCCAUAGCCGUGGAUAACUUAGCAAACGCUCAGGCAGUGACGCAAGAUGAAAAAGAAGAACAACUACAGCCGGAGGCUAUGAGAAAGAAACGAAUGGAAAAACGUAGAGAUGGAUGGGCCAAGGCGCGCACGAUUCCCGUCCUCAUAGGAUUAGGAAAAAUCAAUCAUAAUAAGAACGACAACGACAAUGACAAUCCGUUUCGUAACAUGAAGCCAGUAUAUCCACCUUUGGAUCAUGUUUCUCCAAGAGGCGCCCGAUGGAACAAGAAGUCUGCGUUAAGGGUCAAGAUUUCUCAGGAUGCGAACGGCUACCUUGAAGCAAACGGAAAAUUCCUAAAUGGAAACUCAAGGGAAGGAGGAAAUACCGACAGGGAAGAAGAAGGAGAUAUGGCAGAUCAAACUGUGCCUCGCAAAACAAUGCUCAGCUUGCGUGAUGCGGGACGAAUUAUACGAAGACGUAAUGUGCAUAAGAAUGUGCCAAUCAUACGAAAGAGUUCCAUGUUUAUUUUUGGUCCUGAUAAUCCUAUUCGCCAGGCUUGUCACUGGGUAGUUAAUCUCCGAUAUUUCGAUGACUUCAUUCUGGUAGUCAUUUUGCUCAGCAGCAUAUUAUUAGCAGUGGAAGAUCCAGUCAACCCGGAAGCACGGAGAAAUAAGGUGAUCCGAUAUUUUGACUAUGGUAUCACUGGAAUUUUCGCUUUAGAAGUUCUCGUUAAGAUGAUUGACCUUGGAGUCAUUCUUCACAAAGGAUCUUACUUGAGGAGCGGCUGGAAUAUAAUUGAUGCCUUUGUUGUGGCCUGCAACAUCGCGGCCUUGCUGUUGGACAUUAGAGGCAGUGGUGAGGAUAACUUACAAAAGGACGCUAUCAAAUCUUUUCGUGUUUUGCGAGUGCUCAGACCCUUAAAGGCCAUCAACAAGUCAAAGAAACUUAAGGCUGUUUUUGAGUGUAUGAUGUACUCGCUAAAGAAUGUCCGCAAUAUUCUCCUCAUCACAUUACUGUUUUACUUCAUUUUCGCUGUGGUUGGCGUUCAACUAUUUAAGGGGAAGUUCUGGUACUGCAAUGAUCGCUCUAAGAUGACACGUGAAACUUGUCGCGGAUCCUAUUUCAAGUACAAUCUGGGCCUGAACAGUAACAUUGAUCUGGAAAAAUUCAAGGUUACACAGAGAAACUGGACGAAACACAAGUUUCACUUUGACAACGUACCCAACGCUAUGUUGGCUCUGUUUUCUUCCUCCACCGGGGAGGGGUGGCCUCAGGGCAUGCAUAACACUAUUGACGCGACCAAGGAGGAUCACGGACCAAUCAAAGACUAUCAGAUACAAAUGUCCCUGUACUAUGUCUGCUUCGUUGUCGUUUUUUCUUUCUUCUUCUUGAAUAUGUUCGUAGCUUUGAUUAUCGUCACUUUCCAAGAACAAGGAGAGAAGGAGAUGGACGGCUGUGAGCUCGAUAGGAAUCAGCGAGACUGCAUUCAGUUUGCAAUGACAGCUAAACCAAGACAACGCUACAUGCCAGAAAACAAAAACACGUGUUUUUAUAAAGUAUGGAAAGUUGUGGAUUCCAAACCAUUUGAGAUCCUGAUCAUGGCAACGAUUGUCCUCAACGCAAUAGUUCUUAUGGUCUCGUAUGAUGGCGAGAGUUCUGAAUAUGAGAAGGUCCUCGACUACUUGAACUACGCAUUUACAUUUGUAUUCUUGAUUGAGGCCGUUUUGAAGUUAAUAGCAUUCAGACAGAAUUACUUCCGUGAUUUCUGGAAUGUGUUUGACUUCAUCAUUGGGGUUACAACUUCAGUUGGAAUGAUCCUAGAGUUCACCAAGUUGAAAGAGGAGAACGAUGCACUGCCGAUAGACCCAAGUUUUUUCAGACUAUUUCGAGCUGCACGGUUGGUAAAACUACUCAGGCAAGGCUACACUAUAAGGAUUCUCCUGUGGACCUUCCUCCAGUCCUUCAAGGCUCUUCCGUACGUGGUGAUCUUGAUCGGCAUGUUAUUUUUUGUCUAUGCUGUCAUUGGGAUGCAGUUGUUUGGUAGAAUUGAUCUGAGCGAAAACUGGAGCAGGCAAAUCAACCACCAUAAUAAUUUCAGAAGUUUCCUCAUGGCUCUUCAAGUUUUAUUCAGAGCAUCCACAGGCGAGAACUGGCAUAAAAUAAUGUUAGAUUGUUUUGACGAUGCCCCGUGUGAUUCUGAUAAGAGCAAAACGUGCGGCAACACUGUUGCAUCAGUAAUCUACUUCUGCACGUUUUACUUCUUUUGCACAUUUCUGAUGUUAAAUCUUUUUGUAGCCGUCAUCAUGGACAACUUCGAGUAUCUGACACGAGACGAGUCAAUUCUUGGCCCUCAUCAUCUAGAUGAGUUUGUCAGAGUCUGGUCCGAGUACGAUCCUGGUGCCACGGGACGGAUACCACAUACUGAGGUUUACCGCUUGAUGUGUGACAUGUCUCCCCCGGUCGGAUUAGGACGGAAGUGUCCCAAGUUUAUUGCAUAUAAGCGCCUCAUUAAGAUGAACAUGCCUAUCAUGGGGGACAACACAGUACUGUUCACAUCGACCUUAUUCGCACUGAUAAGAACGGCUCUUGGAAUAUUUAGCACCGGGGACCCAGCGUACGCCGACAAUGAAUUGAGGAGAACAAUAAAGCGACUUUGGCCAAAAACCUCCAAAAGGAUCCUCGAAAAGAUGAUUCCUCUGCAAUCAGUCUUGAGCUCCCAACAAAUGACUAUAGGAAAAAUCUACUGCGCAAAAUUGAUUUACGAAAACUAUAAACAUAUGAAAAAGAAGCGUCUGGAGAAAAAGAAAAAGCGACGGCCCUCGUUGUUUCGUCGACUCGUCGGAGCUUUACGAAAUGGUACCUCGUACUCUGACGACGAAGAAGCUCACAUCGAUACUCCUCCCGAACAUUUGACCAUCAGGAGGCGAUCAAAGACAUUAACAUCUCUACCAUCAAUAAGUAAAGAAAAACAAGAAGUGAUAAAUUCCAAGCGGCGGAUGCAUCGCUCUUUAAAGUUCUUCAGCCGGAGACCUUUUGGAAGAUCAGAUAGUUAUAGUGAAGAUGAAGAUUUUCGGGGGAUUAGCAGAGAAGUUCACUUUAAAGACGCCCCAAUGGACCUCACAGACAUCAACCCAACCAUUGCACUGGAGGACGAGAUGGAGACAGAAAGCUUUGAGAGUCGCUCGCGUUCUUCGACUGGACUUUCCUCCCCUCUCUCCCUACCCAUGGUGAGAAUAGAGGUGACGUCACCACAGCCAAGUAGUGUCCAGGAUCCUGAGGAGGAAACAGCUCCACAAAUAGCGCGCGAAAGGCUAAUGGUUCUCGAUUUUCCGGAUGUUAUUAAAUCAGCGGAGAGUAGUCCACGGCAUUCAUUAAUACCACUAAGUGAGUUUUACGAGUCGCACCGAAGAACGUUGAAUGAUCGAAGAACUAGAGAAAUAAUCAAUCAAAUCAAUGCUGAAGUGGCGCAAGCCAUUAACAAAGGGAAAAGUCCGUAUUUUAUCUAUGGAAUAAUGGAUAACGACGAGGAGACCUGGUGCUGAGAGUUCAAGGUUGAAUGCAUCUGGGGUUGGUUUUAGAGUGCUGAGUUUUAGUCUGCUUGAGGCACAGGGCUCGUGAAUAGGAAAAAGAAAGGUUACGCUGGCUUUCAAGCUUACGGAAAACUGCUCAGUCUGAGAAACCUGGUUAAAUACAGUAGUUCAUCCAAACGUAAUGUGAAACAGAAGGCCAGCACAACUUUUAAAGAGGAACUAGUUUCCGCGAGGGUGAUAUUUACGCUGAAGAAGUAAAACGAUCCCAGAAAUAGGUCUCGAUAUCACCAAUUUUUGAAGACAGCACUUCCAUUACAAUAGGAACAAAUUUCGGAAGCUAUCAGUUUAACUUCUGCUUUUUCGUAAGUUAAUUUUUAUAAAAAUAUUGGCUAUAGAAAUAUUGCAGGACAAAAUUUUUCCAUAAAGCAAUUUCAGCAAGAAAUUUUUAAAGAAGUUAGCACAUUUCUCAUAAAUGCAUAGGAUCGCUCAUAUCUCCGAUGCAUUAGCUUAAUUCACCGACGGAAUAACGGGGAAAAUGUUUUUGUUUUUGUCACGAAGCUGAUGAGAUUGUUUUUCCUUCUAUCGCUAAUACAAUGGCAGACAAGUCUUAAAAUCAUUUUUGUAGUAUUUUUAUUUAAUUAAUGUUUUCUUUCCCAAGAUCGACAUAUCACUUCCUUGCACUGACACCAUAUAUCUCCUAUAAUGUGGCUAUGAGAAUUUGGUUCUAUAUCAAAAAAGAUAUCUGGUUUCAUAGCUUUCUUUUUCUCAUAAUUUAUUUUCCUCAAAAUAUUUUGAUGAUGUAAGGAGAAAUGACUCCUGAAAAUGAAAGAUAGAGUUAUAAACCUGAUUCAUUCCCAUCACUCUCAAAAGCCCUUUUUUUCAAUAUGCCCGAAAUUUUAGUACAAAGGUUUUUUCUAUAUAUAACUCACUUUUUGAUAUGUUUGUUUCUUCUCAUCACUGGUCAAUAUUUUUGGUAUUGUGAGGAGAAAUUGCUUUUUGAUGAGUAAUCAGGAUCACUGAAGCAAUUUAACUUUAUCGCACAAGAUACGCUUACUAAUUCGUUGACAUGUCUCACUAUAUGGAGACAUUUCUAAAUACUUUUUUAUUGCUUUUUGACGAGUAAUCAGGAUCACUGAAGCAAUUUAACUUUAUCGCGUAAGAUACGCUUACUAAUUCGUUGACAUGUCUCACUAUAUGGAG